GUUUCCAGGAUGUGUCUAUUUUUUUUUUUUUUUUAGAAUCUUCCUACUUUCUUUUUCUGCACCACGAGCUGCACAAAACCUCUCUCGGCGCGCCGACUGGACGUUGGAGUGAUAUAACCGAAAGCCCAGGCGAGCUUCAAACUUUUCUUUCAUCCGUUUCCCCCCUCCGAGAUCAUCACCCAAUUGGUAUGCGCUCAGCGGGGAGCGUCUUUGUUUUCCAGCAGCAGCAGCAGCAGCAGCAGCAGCAGCAGCAGCAGCAGCCAGUCCCUGAAUAUGGCCAAUAAUGUUGCCGAGGGGCGGGGAGCAGCGCGCUCUGCAGACCCAGCGAGUCUGAGAGUCUGGCGGAGUGCCGAGGAGAGGCAGCAGGCAGCGGUGGCGGAGAUGGGCUCACACCUCUGAAUCACACCUACACCAUCACCGUCGAGCAUCUCGGAGACGUUAUCUUUUUUUAUUUUUUUUCUGGGCUUUUUCUUUCUUUUCUUUUUUUUUUACUGUGGCUUGCGGUGCUUUUAAAGACUGGUAAACUGAGGGGGAAAGAAAAGAAGCAGGAGCGGGAUAUAGGUUUACAGUUGCAUUCCGACGCGCAGCACUCCUCCCCGUCGCCUCACCUGCACGGCCGGUGAAGAGGUCCGCUGUGGCGACCAUGCAUCCAGACAGGCACUUACCUGAACUGGUGGCGGAGAAAAACAGCCUGGACCCCUCCUUUGUGCAUGCGGUGCGCCUGCUUGCAGAAGGUAAAUCAGAGAUUGAAAAGUGCGAGGGUGAUGAAUUGAGAAAAGAUGGCGACAUGAAGAAAUACCUAGAUAUCAUCAGCAAUAAAAACAUCAAGCUCUCCGAAAGAGUUCUCAUUCCGAUCCAACAGUAUCCCAAGUUUAAUUUUGUCGGGAAGCUGCUGGGACCACGGGGAAAUUCCAUGAAACGAUUACAAGAGGAAACGGGGGUGAAGAUGUCUAUCCUCGGCAAGGGCUCCAUGAGAGAUAAAGACAAGGAAGAAGAAUUAAGGAACAGCGGAGAGGCCAAGUACGCCCACCUGAGUAACGAUCUUCACGUUUUAAUUGAAGUCUUUGCUCCACCUGGAGAGGCCUACUCUCGCAUGAGUCACGCCUUGGAGGAAAUUAAAAAAUUCCUAGUUCCAGACUACAACGACGAGAUCAGACAGGAGCAGCUGAGAGAGCUCUCCCUGUUGAAUGGCUCCGACGAGUCGAGCAGAGGGAGGAGCGUGCAGGGGAGGAGUGCGCGACCGGCAACCACAGUAUCCACCAGCAGGGGCCACAGAGGCACAGGGAGGAGCGGAGCGGCGCCUCGGGGGACGGCGGUGGCGGCGGCGACGGCGACCCACACCAAACUCCCCACGACCGUUCUGACGAGGGAGGUACAGGCUCCGAGAGCCAGGGGGGCCGCGGGGAGCGCCGGGUACAGGCCCCCGCUGCUAGCCGUCACACAUGAAUCAUACGACGACUAUGGCUACGACGACGGGUAUGGUGGUGAAUAUGAUGAUGAGAGUUACGAAGCCUACGAGGAUAACUACAGCAAUCAAUCAAAGAGCAUUUCAGAAUAUUAUGAAUAUGGACACGGACCCAGUGAUGAAUCCUACAACAACUACGAGGAGGAGUGGCCGACCACCCGUCCCAGCCUCAAAGCCCCAGUUUUACGGCUGACAAGAGGGGGCUACAGAAAACAUCCCUAUGGUAGAUACUGAAGGUGCUCCAGACACGUGACCUCCGAUUUCAAAACUAUUUAUAUAUUUUUUAAAUCCCUCAUGAAAAAAAAAAAAAAAAUGUUGUAACAUUUUGCUUUUUUUUUGUUUUGGUUUGGUUUUUUUGUCCGUCUCCUUCAGAAAUCGAAAUAAAGAAUAACCCCGUAAAGCACAUUAAUCCACAAACGUUAACAUUAUUGCAGUAUUCAGAUUUCACUCGGAGCCUUCGUUUUGAAAAUACGGAGAGGAAAUGAAAAAGAGGCUCUCAUCCAGGCUCACUCAUGUACAGGAAGGUUGUUAUUAAAAUCGGCUGUUUAUAAAUGCCCUUCAUUUCACCUCGAUACCCCCGAUAAACUGUAGGUAUUUCAGAUUUAUUUAUUUAUUUUUUUGCUUUCUUGAGUUACAUCUAAGAUUCUGACAAAAUGAGUUUCCAUGUAUUGCCUUCGAUGCAGCGAUUAUCAGGGGUUAGGGCCAAUCUGUGCUGUCACCACUCACUCAAGCUACGCAGGUAACUUCGCGAUCAGACAGCGCUGGCAGCAUCCUCUGUGUUUCGCUUCAUUAUGUGUACAGUACUCCGUGGCCCUGUGGGUCAGUGUCACAGAAAACAUCGUCAGAGUUGUCAGGCUCGGGGAGAGAAAAACAAUCUGACAAGCCUUUCUGUCGGGGCAUCGGGGGACAUCCCAUGUCAGUUGUCUUCCACUCUGAGGCCAUAGAAGAAAAAGAAAAAAAAAACAAACAAGCAAAAGUCAAAUAUGUAUCUAAUUUUAGGCUUCUAUCUUUGUAGACCUAGCUUUCUAGAUAUUAACGUGUUGACAGAAUACGCACCACAAUCCCGAUUUAGCUCGUUGUGAUGAAGACAAAAUUACUUUACAGGCUGGAUGUGUCUUUAACCGGCUGCAGAGCAAAGGUGACGCUGCACUUGAACGUUUGAAUGAAUCCCUCCUCAGCCUCCGUCACCCUCCCUUCAGAAGUUCACUGACCGAUCUUUAUACUGAUUAAUCCCUUGUAGCGAAAAAAAAAAAAGGAGCCACGUGAGAUUCAGACUAGUUCGUUCAAGACACAUUUCUUUUACAAAUAUGUGGAAAAACUUUACUAAGAGCAUCACAGAUAGAUGGAAAAUUGUUUGAACUGUAAAGGUUAACAUCACAUUAACAUCAGCUGUAACUUUAUAAUGGCUAUCCAAAUAAGGUUACAUUUAAUCAUUCAAUUCAAUCCUAUUUCCAUUUUUUACAUUGAGUGCCCUCACACCAUAGUUACAGGGGACAGUGGUUGAAAUCUUCCCCCUUUAAGACUCUCAUACGUCAGUGACCCUCAUACAUUUUUCUAAUAUUUCAUCUUCAGCUGUGGCAGUUUCUUAUGUGGCAUUCCUGGUAUUAUCACAACACCAUUUGCCAUUUAACUGAUUAAAAACUUACGUUAUCAAUCAAGUCAUCGAAUGUAAAAGAACACAGUAUCAUUACCUGGCCACUAGUGGUUCUUUAUAGGCUAAUAAUAGCAACCUGUAAUAAUACGCUGCCAGUCUGUACUGAUGUUAGAGGAGCUGCACCGAUUUCAGCAACUUCGCUGCUGGACUUAAGUUAUAUUUCGGGCCACAUAUGCAUUCAGCAUUGGACUGUUUCAAAAUACAGGACAAUCAGCAACCGAUCAGUAAUAACACUGCGAUAUUAGCUAACUAGUAAGACAUCGACACAUCAGCAAACUAGCAGUGGUUGUUUUAAUGCUUGUUACAAAGAAAAGGACCAUGAGACACCUCUAUCCAAACAAGGCCCCGUGUCGAUCUGCAGCAGCUUGCUGUUUUUGGUUGCAUGACUUGCAAAAAUUCAUUAUCGUGGUGACAGACAGAGAAGCACACGCCGCUCUGAACACAAUUGACCUGAUAAAACCGGAUUAAAGGCAACAGAUGGAAACCAAACCCCUCUCCAGAAUGGGAGACCUGAAUACAAAGUGACUAAAUGAUCUAGCUUUUCCUUUUUUCUUUCUUUUUCCUAUUCUAUAUAUGAAAAUGUUGAAUGUUCAAAAUCAGUCCUCAAGUUUCUCCCCCAUAACUGACUGCUGAAACUGAUUCAUGACGACUUCAUGGCAACAUGGAGUGGACACCGCAGACUAAAGUUAGCCUAAGUUACAUUGUGAUUUAUCAAAUUAUAUAAGAUGUGAGAUCGUAAUCGUGCAAAACACAUUUUUCUUUUGUUUGGGUUGGGAGCAGUCGGCAGUAUACAGUGUGUGAUUUAUAAUGCGUGCUUUGUUUUUUGUGUGUAAUCUGUAUUUACAUAAAGCAUUUAAUAAAAACAACAUAAACCUCAAUGCAGUGUGUAAGACUCUCUAAAUAGGUGGCUAUGAAGCAAUAAAUUGAUUUUUAUUCAUUUUUUUAAUUUUUUCUUUUUUUCUUUUUGGACACUGAGACCAUUUAACAUCUGGUA